AUGUCGCAUGAACGCAGCACGCCAUCAUCCCCCGGAUCCGAGGAAUUCGCUGCCAUUGAAAUUCGCAAUACGAUAACGCCGUUUGAGAGCUGGGCCAUGAGGAGGUCGGAUGAUAGUCUCAAGGCUCUGGCAGGCGCUGCGGGUGGCUUCACCUCGGGCAUGGUGACUUGUCCCUUGGACGUGAUCAAGACGAAAUUGCAGGCACAGGGAGGGUUCAGGGCGCAGGCUGCGGAAGGAGCUUCGGCGGUCAGGUAUUCGGGUUUGAUAGGGACGGGCAAGACGAUUUGGAGUGAGGAAGGACUUCGGGGCAUGUACCGAGGAUUGGGACCGAUCAUACUGGGAUAUUUGCCGACUUGGGCCGUUUACUUUGUGGUUUAUGGCCGAUCGAAGGAGAUCUUUGGUCGAUAUAUUGAAAACGCUUCCGGCAUUAAUUUCUGUUCUUCACUUGUGGCAGGAGGCUGCUCGACACUGGCCACCAACCCAAUCUGGGUCAUCAAAACGCGCUUGAUGUCCCAGGUUAGCAGGAAAUCGACGACCAAUGGUCCGAAGCCAAACUGGCAUUACAGAUCUACUUGGGAUGCGGCUAGAAAGAUGUAUGCAACCGAAGGAUUGCUCUCGUUCUACUCUGGCCUCACUCCCGCACUACUUGGCCUGGCACAUGUUGCUGUGCAGUUUCCCGCUUAUGAGUAUCUCAAGAGGGAGUUCACGGGGCAAGGAAUGGGCGAGUCGGCAGAGGGGGACGACAGAUCUCAUUUCACGGGAACAUUUUUCGCGGGCGUGUUGAGCAAAAUGCUGGCCAGCUCAGCCACGUACCCCCACGAGGUUAUUCGGACGAGGCUACAAACCCAACAAAGAACGAUGCCUUCUACCACAUCCGAAUAUGUAGCAUUCCGAGGUGGGCUUGAGGGGUCUGGAACUCACACGCCGGCGGCAUCCCACACAAUCAAAGCUGGUAGGCGCUAUGAUGGUAUCGUGCGCACGUUCAAGACGAUCUUGAAGGAAGAAGGCUGGCGGGCCUUCUAUGCCGGAAUGGGUACUAAUAUGAUGCGGGCAGUCCCUGCUGCAACGACGACGCUGGUCACUUACGAGUGGGCCAUGAAACAUUUAAAUCAGGCAAGAGCCGAAGGGAUACAAAAGUUGAGCGCUUGA